GACUUCCCUCUCCAGACAAUGAAUGACAAGAACCAGACGUUGGUCAGUGAGAUUGUUCUCUUGGGAUUUCAGAAUCUCCACAACUUCAAGAUUCCCCUGUUCUCUCUGUUCCUUCUGAUUUACAUUAUGACAGUUUGGGAGAAUGUCUUCAUCAUAGUGUUGGUGUCCUCCAGCCGGAACCUCCAGUCCCCCAUGUACUUCCUUUUAAGGCAACUUGCUUUGUCUGAUCUACUGGGGUCCACAAUCAUUGUACCCAUCCUGCUGCAAACUGUUUUUGAUAAAACCAAAGUUUCCCUUUUUGGCUGUAUUUCCCAAAUUUCUUUUUUUUCUGCCACAGAAGCUUUUGAGUGUUUGCUUCUAGCAGUAAUGUCCUAUGACAGAUAUGUGGCCAUCUGUAUCCCAUUGCGUUACUCUUCCAUAAUGAACCAGCGCGUUUGUCAAAAAUUCAUUUUCACGUCCUGGACUCUUAGCUUUGGCAUUGAAAUGAGUAUAGUAAAUCUAAUAGGGGUACUCAAGUUCUGUGACCAAAAUACCAUUAAUCAUUUUUUCUGUGAUUUAUUUCCUCUUCUGGAGCUUUCCUGCUCAGACACUUCUUUUUUUCAAGUAGAAGUAAUUGUACAAUCCAUCCCUCUUGUUUUUUGCCCCUUAAUUCUCAUCACUGUAUCAUAUAUGUGUAUUGCCCAUGCAAUCCUAAAGAUAGUGUCCAAUACCGGGAGACAAAAAGCCUUCUCCACCUGCAGCUCCCACUUGGCUGUGGUCUCCAUAUUUUAUGGGACUCUCAUUGCUAUUUAUUUGACUCCUUCCAGAAAACAAUUACAGACCAUAAGCAAAGUUCUCUCUCUAUUGUACACUAUAGUCAUUCCUAUGAUUAACCCUGUUAUUUACAGCUUGAGAAGUACAAAUAUAAAGGAAGCCCUAAAAAAAUCAAUAAAUCUAUAA